AAAAAAAAAAAAAAAAAAAAAAAAAAAGAUGCAUCCAUCAUCCACUACGGUUGUAGUAAUGGCCCUAGUGGCAUUGAGUUGCAACAUUUUCAAAGUUGAAGCACAGGACUCAUCCUUAGCAGAUCGCUCUCCUCCUGCCAUGGGGCAACUAGUCAACAUCAUGUACUCGAGAUCCGAAACUGAAGAACUCGGAACAGUCGAUGCGCAGUUCAAUACCUGUUUCAGACUUGAGGGUGCCAAUAGAGCCCCAGCGGAUUAUGCCUAUCUGACAUUUGCACCCAAGAAUGCCACGAUCAAUUUUUAUACGGAUGGAAACUGUCAGGAUUUUACAUAUGGAUUGUAUGGAUACUAUAUUGGGAACCCAGGUCCGGCCAUGUCUUUCCGGUGGGUAGGAUGGACUGAAGAUGCUGUUGGCGUCUUGGUGGAGAAGGAACCCAUCCAUGGACAAGGAGAUGCAGCACACGGUGGGGGAGUACCAUCAACAGGAAAUACGCCCCACCCAGAUGGAAAUGACAACAAUAAUCACAGUAACAAUGGUGGAGGAGAGAAAUCAUAUCUUUCAACAUUCUUUGGAGCAAUCGUCGGCAGCUUGAUCACGUUGUUGGUAGGAGGAAUUAUUUUUUGGAGCACAGUACAGAAGGGAGUUGAUGAUAGCAAAUUCAAGAGAUUCAUACCAUCCCCUACUCGAUUUAAAAGAGCAAGUCCUGGGGGCAGAGGUGAAGAUAAUGUCGGUGAUCGUGAUGAUGAUAUUUUGUUGGCGACAAAGAACAGAGAUGAAAAUGCGUUUGAGCUCAUUGGGGAUGACGAUGAUGAAGAUGAAAGUGAGGCGGAUCACACGGGUAGUAGUAGUGAAGGAAGCACGUCCAGCCUCAGAAGACAGCAGCGGAAGCACUCGAAAGAGCCGAAAGAACAAAAUGGUCGAUACCAGAAUGAUGAACGGGUCUAGUUUUUACUGUAGAACAUGCAUUCAAAAA